AUGGAGACCAAUUCCUCUCUCUCCAUGAACGUGUCUGCAAGGACCUCAACUGUACCUGCUGGCUAUCUGGUCCUGGAUAUCUUCUCUUAUUUGGUAUUUGCUGUCACCUUUGUCUUUGGGGUCUUGGGCAACGGGCUUGUGAUAUGGGUGGCUGGAUUCCGAAUGACACGCACGGUCACCACCAUCUGUUACCUGAACCUGGCAGUGGCCGAUUUCUCCUUCACCUCCACUUUGCCAUUUUUCAUCACCUCAAAGGCCAUGGGAGACCACUGGCCUUUUGGCUGGUUUCUGUGCAAGUUCAUUUUUACCGUGAUAGACAUCAACCUCUUUGGAAGUGUCUUCCUGAUCGCCCUCAUCGCUCUGGACCGCUGUAUCUGUGUCCUGCACCCAGUCUGGGCCCAGAACCAUCGCACCAUUAGUCUGGCCAGGAAAGUGAUCCUCGUGCCCUGGAUCCUUGCUCUACUCCUCACGUUGCCCGUUAUCAUUCGUGUGACAACAUUGACGGAUACCAAGGGGACUGGGAAGACAAGCUGCAUAUUUGACUUUUCACCCUGGACCCAGGACCCCAGUGAGAAGAAGAGGGUAGCCAUUGACAUGUAUACGGUGCGAGGGAUCAUCCGGUUCAUUAUUGGCUUCAGCACACCCAUGUCCAUCGUUGCUGUCUGCUACGGGCUUAUUGCCACCAAGAUCCACAGACAAGGCCUGAUUAAGUCCAGUCGUCCCUUACGGGUUCUCACUUUUGUGGUGGCUGCCUUUCUUCUCUGCUGGUCCCCAUAUCAGAUUGUGGCCCUCAUAGCCACCAUCAGAAUCCGUGAAGUGUUGCUUGGUGUGAGCAAAGAAAUUAGAAUCCUGUUGAAUGUGACAAGUGCCCUGGCCUUCUUCAACAGCUGCCUCAACCCAAUGCUGUAUGUUUUCAUGGGCCAGGACUUCCGGGAGAGACUGAUCCACUCCCUGCCUGCCAGCCUGGAGAGAGCCCUGACCGAGGACUCGGCCCCAACCAGUGACACAGCUAACAAUUCUUCACCUCCUGCAGGGGCUGAGUGA